UAUUUCUGAUUUAAAACUGUUUAGGAAUAAAAAAAUCGUAAUAAUCAUGAUUUAUUUGCAAGAUCAGUAGAAACAACUGGAACACUCGCCACAUGAAAAUGAUUGGUAGUGGACGUGGCUUUUGCGCAAACGCCGAAUAUUGGUUGACGUUGAUUUUUCAUUUCCCUAGAUCCGAUUCCGCGUGGAAAUGAGGAACGAGCAGGGCUUUCUGUUGAAAUUCGCUCUUCUGGUAAUAACGUGCUUUGUAAUUUAUACAUUCCGACGCUCAGAAGAUGAUUCGGAAAUGAAAAUUUGGGAAAUUAAGGAAAUUCGAUCCAACAUGCACUUAGAGAAUGAUACAAAAAUUUCCCUACUUAAAAAUUUAAACUUCUCGGAGACCGUUUUAAAAGUGGAUACGACCAACAUGACUAACGAGAAGAUAUUGAAAAAAAUUGAGGAAACAAACCCUAAUUUGCCCAUGGAUCACUGGGAUGUAAACGAUAACGGACCACAAUUUAACGGAAGCUGCGCUAAUUACGCGAAUGUGUACAAAAUAAAAUUCAACAACGUCUACUGGCAAGUGCAGAAAAUUAACAACGAGACGUACUAUCUGUACAGCGCUUAUUACGACAACCGCACUCUUUUAAAUGGGACCGGACCACUUGUUCGAAUUCUAGCCAUGACCGACGUUAGAAAUCUGACGGAAAAUGUCACUUGCCAAUUCUGGUACCAUAAUGACCCAAAGCCGGAAAUAUCAAUGGUCGUGCAAUAUCAGUACAUGUGGUACACUUAUUGGGGCAACGACAAAGCACCUGCCCAGCCAUACCUCCUGGCUUGUUCGGUACCAUCGAAAGGUCGAGUCCCGGCGUCCGUUUCUCUGGUCGCCAACCCUUGCGACAACGCCACAAACAACCUCAGGGUGAUUUACAAACCGGCACCGCUGGGAAAAAGGCAAAACUUUGUCAUCUGCGUGAAGGCGCUCAAUUUUCAGCAUCUUUCUAGUUUGGCCAUCAGACUGGUCGAAUGGAUUGAGCUCCACAAGAUUCUCGGCGCUGACAAAAUAGUUUUCUACAAAUUUGGCACUCACCCAAACGUGACGAAAGUUUUGGAUUAUUACUUGCCGUCAGGAUUCAUAGAAGUGUCCGAAACUUCCCUGCCAGGCGGUUUACCAAACAUUCCGGAUUUCAUGCAAAUGUAUAUGAGCCAGCGAGCGUGGGGAGUGCAAUAUCUGCACGAACUGAUCCAAUACAACGACUGUUUUUAUCGGAACAUGUACAUGUACGACUUCGUUGUACUAGUCGACAUUGACGAGGUGAUUCUUCCCUUAACCUCCGACACGUGGUACGACCUGAUCUACAAGGUGGUCAUUCCGAAGGCUACGAACUGGACCCUGAAAAUGACCCCUGCCUCGUACAUCGUGCGCAACGUGCACUUCAUGGACGACAAGGCCGAGUAUCAGGACUGGUACGUCGACAUACCCAAGUACAUGCACAUGCUGCAAAACGUGCAUCGCAACGCGAGCCACACGGGUCCUGGCAACGCCGUCAAAGGGUUCCACAACCCGCAGAUGAUCAAGGCGCUGCACAACCACAUGCCCAGGGCGUGCAUCAACCACAAGGACAGCUGGUGUCCAUUGUACGACGUCGACCUGGCCGAUGCCCACAUGCAGCACUACUGCAUCGCCAGGCACAAGCCGGAGUGCCAGCGCCUUCGGGGCAAAAACGAGACCAUAUUGGACACGUCAAUUUGGAAGUACAAGGAAAGGCUCGUUGCAGCCACGACCAGAGUUUUAAAGGAUGUUGGUUUCUUGUAAAAUUAACAUAUUGAUUAACGAACGCACAGUGUGAGUUUUUA